AACAAAACCAACAGCAAACCGCAUCCCACACUGCUAGCUUGGAAAAGAUUUUGAUUCUAUUAAAAUGGCGUUGGCAAAACCAAAAUCGGAACUAACCCCAGAGGAGUUGGCGAGACAAGAAGAGGAGGAAUUCAACACCGGUCCACUCUCUGUGCUAACGCAGUCGGUGAAAAACAACACGCAGGUUCUGAUAAACUGUCGCAACAACAAAAAACUGCUUGGUCGCGUGAAAGCGUUCGAUCGGCACUGCAACAUGGUGCUGGAGAACGUGAAAGAAAUGUGGACCGAAGUUCCGCGCACCGGCAAGGGCAAAAAGAAGGUUAAACCAGUGAACAAGGAUAGAUUUAUCUCGAAGAUGUUCCUCCGGGGUGAUUCGGUGAUUCUUGUGCUACGCAAUCCACAGGCAACUGCUGCAGGAAAGUGAAAAGCGUUGCCAGCGUAACAAAUAAACUAGCAUAAGUAAUUUCUUACAAUUCUCGUUUAUUCUGAAUGUAAUGGAAAAGAAAUACAAAUGUAAGAAC